CCUCCUCCUCCUCUCCUCUCCUCCUCUCCUCUCCUCGCUUCUCCUCCUCCGGCCGCUCUCGGCGUCCGCGGCGCUGCCCGCUCCGCAUGCCCGUGCCGAGGCUCCUGGAGCAGCCCUGAUUCCCUGAGCUCCGCGUCCAUCCCGGGCGAUCCGGAGGCGCCCGAGCAGCCCGGGGCCGAGCAGGGCAGAGCUCCAUGAGGGACCUGCACAAGUCUGAGGUGCUGGGGAGCAAGCGCGGCCUGGGGAUGUCAUGGCGGCCGCAGUACCGCAGCUCCAAGUUCCGGAAUGUUUACGGGAAGGCGGCGAGCCGGGAGCACUGCUUCGACGGAAUUCCCAUCACCAAGAACGUCCACGACAACCAUUUCUGCGCCGUCAACGCGCGAUUCCUGGCCAUCGUCACCGAGAGCGCCGGCGGCGGCUCCUUCCUCGUCAUCCGCUGGAGCAGGAAUUCCCAAAAGAGUGUCCAAAUCUCCUUUUCCUGGGGUUUCCUUUUCGUCCUGCUGGAGCAGCAAAGCUCCCGGAAUCUGGGCCGGGCCAUCUGCUCAUCCCAAAUCCACAACCCCGGGGUUUUCAUGGAGCGAUCCAAGGGAUCCCCCAGCUGUCCUUUCCCUGCUUCAUGGAGUCUGGAGAAACCCCUUCCAUCCAUGGAUCAGCUGGGAAUACUGGGAAUAUUGGAUAAACCAAAUCCCUGGCUUGGCCCAUCCCAGGCUGAACUGCAUUCCCCUUUUGCAACAAUUUCCCAUCCCUGGAAACAGCUAUUUCUCCUGAAAUUUGAUGGUUUUCCCGACGUUUUCCUUGCUUUUCCAUUCCAGACCGGCCGGAUCGAGCCGAACUAUCCCAAAGUUUGUGGUCACCAGGGAAAUGUGCUGGACAUCAAGUGGAACCCCUUCAUUGAGAACAUCAUCGCCUCCUGCUCUGAGGACACAUCGGUGCGGAUCUGGGAGAUUCCAGAGGGAGGACUGAAGCGGAACAUGACGGAGGCGGUGCUGGAGCUGUACGGACACAGCCGCCGCGUGGGGCUCGUGGAGUGGCACCCCACCACCAACAACAUCCUCUUCAGUGCCGGCUACGACUACAAGGUGCUGAUCUGGAACCUGGACAUCGGCGAGCCGGUGAAGAUGAUUGACUGCCACACGGACGUGAUCCUCUGCAUGUCCUUCAACACCGACGGCAGCCUCCUGGCCACCACCUGCAAGGACAAGAAGCUGCGCGUGGUGGAGCCGCGCUCCGGGAGGGUCCUGCAGGAGGCCAGCUGCAAGAACCACCGCGUCAACCGCGUGGUUUUCCUGGGAAGCACCAAACGGCUUCUGACCACGGGAGUGUCCCGCUGGAACACCCGGCAGAUCGCCCUCUGGGACCAGGAAGAUUUAUCCAUGCCUUUGAUUGAGGAGGAGAUCGAUGGGCUCUCGGGGCUCCUCUUCCCAUUCUACGAUGCCGACACCCACAUGCUGUACCUGGCUGGGAAGGGUGAUGGCAACAUCCGGUACUACGAGAUCGGCUCGGAAAAGCCCUACCUGAGUUAUCUCAUGGAAUUCCGCUCGCCAGCUCCGCAGAAAGGACUGGGGGUGAUGCCGAAGCACGGCCUGGACGUCUCUGCCUGCGAAGUUUUCCGUUUCUACAAACUCAUCACCCUCAAGGGGCUCAUCGAGCCCAUCUCCAUGAUCGUCCCGAGGCGGUCGGAGACGUACCAGGAGGACAUUUAUCCCAUGACUCCAGGGACGGAGCCAGCCCUGACCCCGGACGAGUGGCUCAGUGGGGUCAACAGAGAUCCCAUCCUGGUGUCGCUGAAGGAGGGAUACAAGAGGAAUUCCAAGAUUGUCUUCAAGGCGCCGGUGAGGGAGAAGAAAAGCGUGGUGGUCAACGGGAUCGACCUCCUGGAGAACGUCCCGCCCCGCACGGAGAACGAGCUGCUCCGGAUGUUCUUCCGGCAGCAGGACGAGAUCCGGCGGCUGAAGGACGAGCUCUCGCAGAAGGACAUUCGGAUCCGGCAGCUGCAGCUGGAAUUAAAGAACUUCCGGAACAGCCCUAAGAACAAUUGACUCCAGGGAUGUUUUCUAAAGAAAUUCCUUUGUUUCUACUCCUGAAUUCCUUGGAUCCACUCACCCAGAACACAAUUCCGGAGUCCGCGGCUCCCGAGAGCCUGGAAUCAUGUCCUGCGUGUCUUGUCCGGCACUAAUCCCGCUCUAACCUGAUUCCUGGGAAAGCCUGGAGGCUCCCAGUAAGUCGGAGCCAUGUCCUGUCCGUUGGGAUGAGCCAGCCCGGGGCAGAUUCCCGGGAAAGCGCGACGCUUCCUUGCUAUUAAUUUUUUUUCCUAUGCAAAAAUGUGACAGUGGGAGCGGAACUGGAAAAGGGGCGGGAAGUGGGAAGGGCUUGAUCGUCAAAGGGAGUUUCCAUGUGGGAAUCCAGGAUCCUUCCCGUGCUGGGAAACUGGGAUCAUUCCCAUGGGAGCAGGACGGGAUCCUUGCUGUGGUGGGAAACUGGGAUCAUUUCCACACUGGGAAAUUUCCACAUGGGAUCCUUUUCAUGAUCCUUUCCCAUGCUGGGUGCCCAGGACUCUUCCCACGGUGGGAUCCCGGGAUCUUUGCUGGGUUGGGAAACUGGGAUCAUUCCCAUGGUGGGAGCCUAGGGUCCUUCCCAUGGGAGCAGGAUGGGAUCCUGUAGUGGGAACUUGGGAUUCUUCCUGCAGCUGGAGCCUGGGAUCUGUCCCAGGAUCCUUUCCCAUGGUGGGGAACUGGGAUCCUUCCCAUGGUGAAAAUCUGGGAUCCUUCCUGUGGUGGGAUCCUGGGAUAUUCCUGGGGGUGCUGCCCCAUGGAUGGAGCCCAAGGGACGGAUCCUGAGGAUGGAUCCCAAGGGAUGCACCUGGAGCUCGCCAGGCUCAGCACUUUGGACAAUCCCAGGAUUGACAGGAUUUGCCUGGAGCACAGGGAAUGACACCAAAUCCCGUUGGUUUUUCCUGGAGAUCCCAAUUCCCACUCAAUCCGAGCUGCUGAAGUUCCCCAGCGCGGGUCUGUCCCGUCCGUGUCCUGCGUUCCUGGCGUUCCCUGCUGCGUUCCAUGUGCUGUCGUUCCUGAUUAUUUAUGCUCCCACGGGAUAGUGAUGGAAUAAAAUCUUUUCAGAAUACCAGAA